AUGCUCGGUAAACCCAUCCUCUCCGUCGGCCUAUUCCUUGCUGGAGUCCAGGCUCAGCAAGCUGCCAACUGCGACUACCUGUCAUUGAAGUGCGGUUCCGCACUGCUCGGUGCUCCAUACAAUUACACCACGGCUCAGCUCGUCGCUGCUGUCAAUGACACCGCUUCCAUCCCCAUUAUUACGGUUGCUCAGCUCUCCGAGACCCUGUUCCACUGUACAGACAUCCUCGGCGCAAUCACCGGAAACGCCUACUGCUUCGCUGGUUGUGAUACCAAGGCCGGUGUUCGCAACGAUCAAUGUAUUGUGUAG